AUGUCUUAUCGUUAAUAUUAUUAAUAUUACAAUAAUCCUCAACAAACAAAUUAAAGCUAUUCCACCACUAGUUAACGAUCAUAACAAUCAUUAUAGCAAUAGCCUUUUAUCCCUUAAUAACAAAACCCUUAUAUGUCAAAUAAUUAGAAGAAUUAAACAAACUUAAAUCAAAUCUUACCAAAAAGCACUUCAAAUCCAUUUACUCAACAAGCCAAUAUCUAACAAUAAUUGUAAAAGUAUAAUUUGAAUAAUAAUUAGAGGCCCGUAAUUUUUAUUUUCGUAAGAAUAAUCAAACAUCAAUUAGCCUGUUGCGCAAAAAUUGUUAAAUAGAUAACAAUAUCAAUAAGAACCUAAAACUCUAUAGAAUUAACAAAAAGAUAAGGAUAAUGUAUAGUAAGUAAAGAAUAAUAAAGUUUUAAAUAAUGAAAAAGAAUUAAAAGAAGUUGAUUAUAAAGAGAAUUAAUAAGAGGAUGAAGAUGAUCAAUAAUAUGAGGAUACUGAAUAAUAUGAUUCUGAAGAGGAAAUAGAAAAUUAAAAAAACAUUAAAUAAUUAGUUGAUGUUGAUAAAUAUAAAUCGGUUACAGAAAUAAACUCUAUUAGAAAGGAAGUUAACAAAAUAAAUUAAGAGCUAGAUAAAUUAGAUCAGGAAAUAGAAGGAACUUUAAUUAUGAGUAGAAUCAACUUUGGUGAUCAAACUGUUUAAGAUAUUUCAGCUUCAAGAGAUAUUUCAUAUUAAUAAUACUUAAAACAAUUUGAAUAGUUUAAAUAAUAAAAUUAAGUUAAUUCAAAACCAACGAAAAAGUCAUGA